AUGGCUCAGGGUUGUGAAGCGGUAAACGACAGAGCCAGCUCUAUGCUGGAAUGCAUGUCUUCGUUUCAUGCAUGUGGAGUUGUGAUCAAGACACACCGUCGUGCCGCCGAUCUCGUGGGCCAGACGGACCGCAAUGGAGCAAACAUGUCCCUCCAGCCUUGGCUGCACAGCAUCGGCUCACGGGCCCCGACCCUCAGUUUGAGAAGGUUUUUCUUGGAGGCCACUUCUUCGGCUUUCAGCUCUUCCAGCGGCCGACGAAGGACACUGAAGGAUGUCCCACUCGUCAUCCCGGAGAGAAUGCCACUGCACCGAAAAACAGCCUCUGCGAGCACAGCGGCUGUAAUCCGUCCUGUCAUGCAGCAUGUCAUUGCGGAGUGA